AUGCCUGGCUUACCGGCUUCGGUCGACUUGGACGAGUGCAUCUCGCGUCUUUACAAGAAAGAACUUUUGGUCGAAUCGGUCAUCGAAGCGAUAUGCGCCAAGACAAAGGAGCUCCUUAUGCGGGAGAGCAACGUCGUCCACGUCCAGGCCCCCGUGACCGUCGUUGGUGACAUUCACGGCCAAUUUUACGACCUCAUUGAAAUCUUUCGCAUAGGCGGCUACUGUCCAGAUACAAAUUAUCUUUUUCUAGGAGACUAUGUCGACCGUGGCAUGUUUAGCGUCGAAACCAUUUCCCUACUUGUUUGCUUGAAGUUGCGAUACCCCGAGCGCGUUCACUUGAUUCGCGGAAAUCACGAAUCUCGAGGCGUCACUCAAUCAUAUGGAUUUUAUACCGAAUGUUCACGAAAGUAUGGCAACGCUAAUGUGUGGCACUACUUUACGGACAUGUUUGACUUUAUGACGCUGAGCGUGGUGAUUGAUAACCAAAUAUUCUGCGUCCACGGCGGACUUUCUCCGUCGAUACACUCGAUUGAUCAAAUAAAAAUCAUCGACCGCUUCCGCGAGAUCCCUCACGAGGGCCCUAUGGCAGACCUUGUAUGGUCUGACCCCGACCCCGAUCGAGACGAGUUCUCCUUGUCGCCGCGCGGUGCCGGCUACACCUUUGGCGCACAGGUGGUGCAAAAGUUUUUGGCCGUCAACAACAUGUCGCAUAUCCUGCGCGCGCAUCAGCUGUGCCAGGAAGGGUUUCAAGUGCUGUACGGUAACCGUCUGAGCACGGUAUGGAGUGCGCCCAAUUAUUGCUAUCGCUGCGGCAAUAUGGCGAGCGUGCUCGAGGUCAACACCAACGGCGACCGCUUCUUCAACGUGUUUGCCGCGGCGCCGGAGAAUGACCAAGUCAAGGACAUGCAGCCUGCCCUAGAUAAGACUGGUGACGGGAGUGCAUUACCAGACUAUUUCUUGUAG